AUGCAAGUGAUCGCAGUUUUGGCAGAGCUGAACUCGAAGCUUCCAACAAUGAAGACUUUCAUCCUCUUAUGUACUAUGGCCGCGGCUGCGUUGGCCGCGCCAGCCGAUGGCACAUACAACCCAGCUUAUGACAGCUUCGACGCUGACGAGUUGGUACAGAACGAGCGCCUUUUAAAGAACUACGGAAAAUGCUUUUUAGGCCAGGGUCCGUGCACAGCGGAGGGAGCUGAUUUCAAAAAAACGAUUCCUGAUGCUUUAAGGACAACUUGCGCUAAAUGCACGCCCAAACAAAGGAAACUCAUAAGGACUGUUGUUAACGGAUUCCAGACGAAAUUGCCCGAUAUUUGGGAUCAGCUUGUGAAACAUGAAGACCCUACCGGCCAAUACAAGGAGUCCUUCAACAGAUUCCUGAAGGCAACUGAU